CCCCUCUCCCCCAUCCAAAACCCGCCCGCCCCAUCAAAAACGUUUACCAUUUAGCAUCCGUGUGGGGUAGCCGCCCACCGGCAAAAUGCACCUCGCCCCUGUCGCCAACCGGGAGUUAAGGUAAUGUAGUAAGUAAGUCAGCGCUGUCAAACGUCCACCGACGACUCGCCAAGGCGCGCAAGGGCAACACUCUCUUCGACGCCACCGGCGUAAUGGAUUGAUUAAACACUAUCGGGGACAAGCCACGCGACUUGGCGGGAUAUGCAGGGACGAUGAGGGCGAGACGCGGUAGAUGGGGUUCUGUCCGCCUGUUAGCAGAGAGUAGUAGGGUUUAGGCGUGCGAAGGACCGCAGGGCCGGCGGCGUGGAGGCGGAGAAAUAGAAGGGUGGGUUUAAGAGGUGGAUAUGACGGAGGCGCGUGGGCUGGGAGAUCUGCCGGGCGGGGCACGCUGCCUCGAAGGUUGAAGAAGGAUGUCCAGCGCCUAUCCUUUCUUUCUUCGGUCCUGGUUAUGGUGGUGGUCACGGAUCGAGUUGCCGUGAUGUGCUAGCUAGAUGGAAGGCGGGGUGUGUAAUAUAAAAGCAAUUUACAUCAGCGCCUUGGACGCGUGGGCAACUUGGCAGGAAGAUGGGGGCAGUGAAAGGGGAGGAGUAUAUAUAUCCUUCGACCAGCCGGGGACGGAUGGACGUCAGGUUUAUUCGGUGUCAUUAUCAACUCGCACAUCAUGAAGUCCACCACGAUCAUCUCCCUCAUCGCCGCGCUCGCCGCCCAGCAAGUCGCCGGCCACGCCACCUUCCAAGAUCUCUGGGUUGACGGCGUCGAUGAACAAUCCUUCUGCGCCCGCCUCCCCCAAUCCAACUCCCCCGUCUCGGACGUAACCUCCAACGACCUCCGCUGCAACGUCGGCGGCGCCACUGGCGUAGCAGGGAAAUGUGCUGUGGCUGCCGGCUCAACGGUGACGGUCGAGAUGCACCAGCAGCCUGGGGAUAGGUCGUGUGCGAAUGAGGCGAUUGGGGGUGAUCAUUUUGGGCCGGUGUUGGGGUAUCUUUCGAAGGUGGAGGAUGCGGCGACGGCGGAUGGGUCGGCGGGGUGGUUUAAGAUUUAUGAGGAUUCGUGGGCGCGGGGCACAGGAAGCAACGGCGCCGCAGACUACUGGGGAACAAAAGACAUGAACCUCUGCUGCGGCCGCGUGAACAUGAAGAUCCCUGCCGACAUCCCCGCAGGCGACUACCUCCUCCGCGCCGAAGUGGUGGCUCUGCACGUUGCUGGCUCCCUCGGCGGGGCACAGCUGUAUAUGAGCUGCUACCAACUUACCAUCAGCGGCGGCGGUUCCGCCUCCCCCUCCCUCAUCCAACUCCCCGGCGCCUACGCCGCCACCGACCCAGGAAUAAAAGUAGACAUCUACCAAUCCCUCGCCACCUACAUCGCGCCCGGCCCAACCGUAUACGGCGGCUUCACCAAAUCCGCCGGCGCCACCUGCGCUGGCGUCGAGAGCGGUACUGCCACCGGGCCUGCGUAUGAAGGUGGUGGGGGAGCGGCGCCGACUACGAAUGUUGGUUCUGGACCAACUACUGCUGUUCCUACGACCGCGGCGCCGACGACGAUGGCCACGAGUGUUGUUCCUACGACUGGGGGUGCGGCACCGACGAGUACGGCGGCGCCAGGUGGGUGCAAGAGCCCGAAGUAUGGACAGUGUGGGGGGCAGGGGUGGACGGGGUGUACGGGGUGUGUGGAUGGGUCGACGUGUGAGGCUGUUAGUCCGCCUUAUUACUCGCAGUGUACUUGAUCUGCUGAAGGUUUUUGGGGUGUAGGAGUGUGGUGGUAUGGGGGGAGGAUUAGAUUGAUUAGAUGGGAACACGGGGGGGCACGCCGAUUCGAGCGGAGAGUCGGCAGGGGGUUGUAUGUAGACGCGUUCGUAUAUAUCGCACGAGAUCAUCUUCAUCCUCAUUCCUAUCUUCAUCUGUGAUCGAUCACAACACCCCUCCUCCAUCUCAGACAAACCCUAUACCCUUCCCAUAUCACCCCUCUACCCCAUCUCAGACAACACUGAUGAUAAAUCCCACCCCCGUCACCCUCCCAUACCUGCUCCGUAAUCACACACAAAUCCCCACCACCACCGCCGCUGCCUAUCAUACAUGCCGUGCAACGCCCACUCUCCGGGUUACCGCUCUCGCACUGGCGCGAUCCGGGUCUCUGGCGUGGGCAGCGGCUGUGCUGCGGUGUUAUGUGCGUAUGUAUGUGUGUGUGUGGGG